GGGCCAAUAGAGGUCAAAUAUGGUCCCCUCUACUCCCUCAACGGCACUAUACGAACAUCUCUUUCAUACGGCGUCGGCGGAACUUGUUGUUCCUGAUGUCUCGAAGCUUAGCGAAAUACCUUCAGAUGGGGUUGAUAGAGCUGAGUGGUGGGCUGGGGUACGUGAGGUAGAGACGAGACAAGUUGCUUUUCUGGAUGAAAAGGUUACAUAUCUCUUCGCUGUGACUAUACCCAACCAUGCAAUCUCCGAUUCAUCUCUCACACCUGGUGUUCACACCCCUGGGGAAGUACAGCGUUUCGUUUCUCGCCUUCAAGCCACUAUGACAGCCUCUUUCAUCCCACCCCUUCCAUCUUCUUCUCCUCGCCAUGAUCUUCCUCCCCCUAGCACAGCAACCCUCGCUCCUCCAUCCGCUCAUACUCCCCGUUUCCCAACUUCAAGCGCUGAAUCAAGUACACAAGAUUCACAACCACCCAUCACCCCAAACCCUUUCCCCAUCACCACAGCAGCCGAGUCACAGUAUGCCGAUGUAGAAGGAGUAGUGAUAUGGGAAGGUCCUAUCGAACUUCAACUUCCUCAAUCAUCAUCCCCACAGACUGUUCUUUCUCUGACGGAAGGGAAGAAACAACCGAUCGUGUUUGAAAACGAAUCCGGUUGGGUGAUAGUUUGGGAAGGUGAAGUUCCCAUAGCAUUCAGCAUCUCUACCUCUUCGAUUCGUUCUGGAUUCUCCGACGGUUUUCCAGAGCCUGAAAUUGAAGAUGAAGAUGAAGAUUUAGCUGGAAUGGAAGAAAUUGACCUUCUUGGUGGUUUAACAGGGACGACACUCAGAAAAGCUUAUCGUAGAAUAUUAGAUCUCAGUCCUGGAUUAAGAGUGAGAAUGAGAACUUUGUUCUUACCUCAAUUAUUGGAACUUGGUUCAGAGAAGAAUGAAGAGAUAGGAGGUCAAAAGAAAAUUGUGUUAUGUGUCGAAGUGGAAAAUCCACCAGAUGCAGGUUCACAUGGGUUUGAAGUUUUAGGUGUUAUGGUUGAGGUUGGUGGGAAAGGUGGGAAAGCAACUACAGAAUUAUGUUGUGUUCCUUCUUCUACAACCUCCGAACAGAAAGAUUAUCAAAAGGCGAAAGUGGAAGUUUUUCCUCUACGUUUAAGACCAAUGGAACAAUACAAUUUGUUAUACACUAUAACUUUACCAUUUAUGGAAACUUCUCCUACUCCCGAUCAACCACAAAGACCAGUAUCGAUAAUCGUAACUUCUCAACCAUAUUCCAUUCCCGACCAAUCCAAAUCAUCCAUUCCUUCCAUCUCUUCUCCACUUUCUGACGAAUCUCAUCUUAUUGAACAGGUCGAAUUUGGAAUAUCAAAAAGUUCUACUCGAGCAUUUCAAAGUAGAUGGAAUUGUACACUCGACUUGAGUUCAUAUAAACCUUCUCCAUCUCCUUCCCCUUCUUUUCCAUCUAAUCGGACGGAGAUAAACAAACAGCCUUCAAAUGCAAUAACAGGUGAUAAACGAUAUUCCUUAGCUAGUAUGUUAUCUGAUAAAGAACGUGAUCCAAAUCUCACACAUCAUCGUAAUUCCACUAUACAAGGUGGGAAACCUAUGAUGCCAAGUCAAAUACAAAAACAAACCAUAUUGAAUCGACGUGUGACGCAAACGCCUCUAGUGGAGAAGAAAGAUAGAGGGUUGUUGUUAUCUGCGAAGAUCCUGACUUCGAGUAAUAAUGAAGGAGGGGAAGAUAGAAUUAGACGGUUGGAAAUGUUCACAAUGGAAGUUUUUGUACAUAAUCGUUCGGAGGAAAUUAGAAGGUUCAGGUUGUCGAUACCUGGUAGAAAUGGUUUGGUUAAAGGAGAAAAAGUAAUGCAGGAUGGGUUGUGGGGUAUUUCGGAGAGAGAUCUCAAACAAGCUUUACAGACUCAUUUAGCAACAUCACCAGCUUUGUUACCUUUAGAGAACGACAUCAGAUGUGGACCUCUUUUACCAGGCGCAAGUUUAUCCGCACGGAUAAGAUUUCUCGCCCUUCGAGAUGGAGUGCAUAGGAUCGACCGGCUCAAAGUGAUAGGGGUAGGGGAAGAAUGGGAAUGGACCGUGGAACCGGUAUUAGAUGUUGUGGUGGGAUGAAUUAUCUUUUGGUCUUU